AUGCCGCCUCCACGACGUAAAGUGCUUGCAACAGCAGAAGACACACUGUUCCCUCCAGAUGAGCUGUCACCGGGGCAGGAGAUCGCACGAGUGAUCAAGGCCACAGGAAACAACAUCUACUCCAUAGAAUUGCCCUCGAAAGAAACGGCACUGGUGGAAUUGCCGUCCAAGUUCCGGUCCACUAUUUGGAUGAAGCGGGGUUCCUUUGUGGUAAUCGACACCAAUGCCCUCGAGGGUCGCGACAAUAAGCUUCGGGGAGAGAUUGUGAAUAUCGUCCGGGAUGAGAAGGCCUGGCGCAAAAUGGCCUUUUGGCCCAAAGAAUUUGUGAGACAGCCCGUUAUGGGAUCCGACGACGAAGACGAAUCGAACGUCGGCAAAAUGCCAUCUUCCGACGAAUCUGACGGAUAUUGA